UGAAAGCAGAAUCAUAAGGAGUGGCAGAGCUCAAACGCUGUUUUGUCAGAAAAUUUCCAAGAUCUACUUGAGGCAGAAUUUAUUCCCUCAACAAGCUGGAGCUUGCAUUCCUCACAGACACAAAAUUCUCCAGGGAAGAUGAUUGGAAUUUGGAUUGCUGCACUGUAUCUGCUGGACCCAACAGCAGGCGAAAAAGUUUGCUAUGGACGACUUGGCUGCUUUUCAGAUAAACCACCAUGGGCUGGAAUACCAGGGAGAUUUCUGGCAGGUUUACCCGACUCUCCAGAGAGUAUGAACAUCAGCUUCACCCUUUACACUAAAGAAACUAGAAAUAAUUCUCAAGUGAUCUCUGCGAUACAUUCCUCAACUAUCAAAGACUCACAUUUCUGCUCACAUAGGAAAACACGCUUCAUUGUUCAUGGAUUCAUGAGCACCGGAAAACGUGGCUGGGUGGUAGAGAUGUGCUUGCUGCUAGUGGAAGUGGAAGAUGUGAACUGCAUUGCCGUGGACUGGGCAGAUGGUGCAAAAGGCACAUACAUCAGUGCAGUGAACAACAUCCGUGUUGUUGGAGCUGAGAUUGCUUAUUUCAUAAAUACUCUUAUGAAAAUGUUUCAAUACCGCCCUUCUCAUAUCCAUAUCAUUGGGCACAGUCUGGGUGCACAUGCUGCAGGAGAUGCGGGAAGAAGAAUACGAGGCAUCAAAAGAAUAACCGGCUUGGACCCCGCUGGGCCCUUUUUUGAAGGCACUCCGCCUAAAGUCAGAUUGGACCCUACAGAUGCAAGAUUUGUUGACGUUAUUCAUAGUAAUGCUGCCCGAUUUCCUACUGUAGGGUUUGGAAUGGUUAAUACCACUGGCCACCUUGACUUUUACCCAAAUGGAGGCAGCAUUAUGCCUGGAUGCGAUGAUGUAAUUAUUCCAGUGACUAAAAAAGACUGUCGAGUCUUUGCUGAAGAUGCCAAUUCUCCGAUAUGUCAUCAUUCACGCAGCCAUCAGUUUUAUUUUCAAAGUAUCCUCCAUCCCAAUGGAUUUCUUGGAUAUCCCUGCAAGACAUACGAGUUCUUCCGGGCGGGACUCUGCUUCCCAUGUCCCAGAGAAGGCUGCCCAAUGAUGGGUCACUAUGCGGAUCAAUAUCCAGCUAAACUGGAGAAAAUAAACCAAAAAUAUUUUUUAAACACAGGAGCACACCCACCCUUCACUAGUUGGAGCCACCGAAUAUCUAUCAAGCUGUCAGGCACGAAGAAAGUGAGGGGGGAACUAAACAUAGUUCUCCAUGGCACAAACGGGUUCACAAAACAGUAUGAAAUUAUCUGUGGAGUCCUUCAUCAAGAUAGCAUUUAUACAAAGUACGUCGAUGUUGAAAUUAACCCAAGAACUAUUACAAAAGUUGAAUUUCUCUGGAAUAAGAACAUAUUGACUCUGCUUUGGGCCCGACUGGGAGCAGAAAUGGUACAUAUAAUCAAUGAAGAAGAUGGCCAUGUGUCUACAUAUUGUGGCAAUGGAAAUGUGAAAUAUGGAAUUCCACAGUUACUUACACCUUGCUAAAUUGAAUCCCAUCAACUAUGGUUCCUGUGUUCAUAGAAUGUCAGGAUUGGAAGGGACCUCAGGAGAUCAUUUAGUCCAACCCUCUGCUUGAGGCAGGACCAAUCCCCAGACAGAUUUUUUGCUACAAAUCCCUAAAUGGCCCCCUGAAGGAUUGAACUCACAAUGCUGGGGUUAGCAGACCAACCCUCAGACCACUGAGCUAUCCCUCUCCCCAUCAGUCCUUUCUCUAGGAUUGUUUUCAUACACAGCUAUUGAUAGAAAAUAAUUCUUAAAUAGGUAGUUUUCUUUGUUUUCUCACUCUGUGCAAACACACUGAUGGGCUUUUCAAGCAAGACGUCAUUGGUUUCAGUUUAUCCAAAGUUCACUUCCCUUGUAAGAGACAGGGGCAGGUGCUAUGGGAGUACAUAUAUAGGUGUACUGAUAAACAUUGUAAUA